UUGAGCCGAGCACCGCCGAACAUUGCCGAGCGGAGCCGAUCAGGCGCCAGCAUGGAGGAGGUUGACGGCUACCUCGGUGUCAGGCUCACCGAGAGGGCUGCACCGUCGGGGCUCGUCAGCAAACAGGCGGUGGCCGCUUCGGAAGGCGACAGGAAGAGGGAGCAGGAGAAACUCUCUGGUGUAGUGAAGAAUGUCCACAGGAAACUGCGCAAGAAAUAUCGAGAAGUGGGAGACUUUGACAAGAUCUGGCGUGAACACUGUGAAGAUGAAGAGACUUUAAGUGAAUAUGCAGUUGCAAUGAAGAAUUUGGCAGAUAAUCAUUGGGCCAAAAGCUGUGAGGGUGAAGGACGGAUUGAGUGGUGUCGAAGUGUUUGUCAAGAAUAUUUUCUGAAUGGUGGAAUGAAGAGGGUACUUGAAAAAGAUGAGAAAAGGGCCAGGCUUGCUAUUGCCAUGGCUACUCCAACCUUCAAUGUACAAGCAUCUGAAAAGAAAGAUGAUUAUUCUGCAUCGAAUGGUAUAUUAAUGAAUCUGGAUGCUUCCAUCUCAAAUUUGGUAUGUUUUUCAGGAAAGAUCAGAUUACUGGAUGUUGGAAGCUGCUUUAAUCCAUUUUUGAAGUUUGAUGAAUUCCUAGCUGUUGGCAUUGACAUUGUACCUGCAGUGGAGAGCGUAUACAAAUGUGACUUCCUCAAUCUUCAGCUGCAACAGCCCCUCCAGCUUGCUCAAGAUGCAAUAAAUGCUUUUCUCAGGCAGCUAAAAAAUCCCAUUGACUCUCUUCCGGGAGAGCUGUUUCAUGUUGUUGUUUUUUCACUUUUGCUGUCUUACUUUCCUGCCCCUUACCAACGUUGGAUCUGCUGUAAAAAAGCCCAUGAACUUCUUGCACUCCAUGGUCUGCUCCUAAUUAUCACCCCUGAUUCUUCUCAUCAAAACCGUCAUGCUUAUAUGAUUAAGAGCUGGAAAACUGCCAUUGAAUCUUUAGGAUUCAAAAGGACUUCCCACUUGUGUGAGCUUGGUUCUACAGUGACGAAUGGCGCCUUAGAAGAUCAUCAGCAUCUGCACUGUGCAGAAUCACCAGAAGUGCUAUCAAAGCCUUUUCAAUCAUAUUACAUGUGUAAAUCACUGCGUUAUUGUGUGAGCCACUGUCUUUAUGCAGUAAUGACUAAACUGGAGGAACUCAACAGAGAAGCAAAUAUGCACUCCUCAAUUCGAUAUCUUGGCUAUCUGGCAAAUAUAAGUUUGCUGGUGGCAAUUUGUAUGGGCCUAUACGUCCGAUGGGAGAAAACAGAAAAUAUAUUAUUGCUUGUGAUAUUUAUACUGGGACUUUUUGUGCUGGGCAUUGCUAGUAUAUUGUACUAUUACUUCUCCAUGGAAGCAGCAAGUUUGAGUCUGUCUCAUCUCUGGUUUGGAUUUUUGCUUGGUCUCCUCUGUUUUAUAGAUAACUCUAAAUUUAAAACUGAUGCAAAAGAAGAAGCCACCAAAUAUUUACUAUUGACCAGCAUUUUGAUUAGGAUUUUGUGGUCAGUCGUGGAGCGAAUGUCUGGAUGUGUCCGACACCAACCUGCCCUUUUAACAUCUGCAGAAUGUCUAGAGCUGGUUGGAUUUGCUAUAGCCAGCACUGCCAUGUUGAUGCCCAACUGCUUGAGUGUUGUUUUACUUGUUUUUGCUUUGUCAAUGUUGAUUGUUGAUUUACGAAUGAAAUCCUUCCUGGCAGUUCCAAACUUGAUAAUCUUUGCAGUGAUUACAUCCCUGUUGUUUUUUCCAUCUUUAAAAAUUAGCACUAACCCCUUUGCCUUGGCUUGUUAUUUCAGCCGCCUAAUUUGUGACCCCUUACUGGAUCUUUAUUUUAGUGGCUUAUCUGUUACUGAGCGGUGGAAACCUUACCUGUAUGGCCGGACACUAUGUAGACGAAUUUCCAUUCUUCCUGUAGCAGCUAUUGAGCUGAUAUUUUUCAUUCUUGCUGCAUUAAAGUUAAAUAACUUAGACCGUUGGUAUUUCCUGAUACCAGGAUUUUCUAUCUUUGGGAUCUUCUGGUUGAUCUGCCAUAUAAUUUUUCUCAUAACUUUCUGGGGUUUUCAUACGAAGCUCAAUGACUGUCAAAAAAUCUACUAUACUCAUAGGAUAGAUAAUAAGAGUCUGGACUGUGUAAUGGCAUCCAAAGGAAUGCGUCAUUUUUGCUUGAUUUCUGAGCGGUUAGUCUUUUUCAGCCUAUUUUCCACGGCAAUUCUGGGUGCAGUCUCUUGGCAGCCAACAAAUGGAUCGUUCAUGAGUGUGUUCCUCAUUGUUUUGCCAUUGGAAUCCUUAGCUCAUGGUCUUUUCCAUGAAUUGGGUAGCUGCUUAGGAGGAACAUGCGUAGGCUAUGCCAUUGUAAUUCCAACAAAUUACUGCAGUCCUGAUGGUCAGCCAACGCUCCUCCCUCCCGAGCAUGUGCAAGAAUUGAACCUAAGGUCUACAGCCAUGUUAAGUUCCAUCCAACGAUUUUUUGCCUAUCACAUGAUAGAGACUUAUGGUUGUGACUAUUCCACCAGUGGCUUUUCUUUUGACACUCUUCAAUCCAAAGUAAAGGCAUUUCUUGACUUGCAUACUUCAGAUGGACCCAGACAUGAUACCUACAUACUGUAUUAUAGUGGACAUUCUCACAGCUCUGGCGAGUGGGCAUUAGCAGGGCAAAGUGUGUAUAAGGUUAGCACUGAUGGUGCCGCAUCAGAAACAGGAUCACAGAUGUUACAGCAGAGAAGGACACCCAACCGAUGAGUUCUGCAGUGGGGUCAAACAGGGAUGUACUUGGCACAACAUUCUUCGGCAUUUCCUUUUCUUAUACUACUCUUAUAUGUCUUUAGUUCAUCCAUGCUGACUGCUGACAUAUAUUCCAAAAGUGGCAGAAAAGAAAUCAGUCUUGUAACACCAUCAUCUCUCCCAACCCCCACACCUCAAAGCCUGAUCAAGUUGUUCCAGGCUUAUGACACCACACAGGCAUUCCAUAUUGAGAGACACUUUCAGUGACAAACCUUCAAGUGUUCAGCUUUCAGAAUAGAAACAUAAAGGUCACGAUCCACAAGGUUGCCAUACCACUAUUUCUCAAGAUUAUUGAAGCCAACACAUGCAUUACAAAAGUUGCAGCUGGUCUGUCCAAGCUGAGUAAGUGUGUGUGAAGAAGGAGAAACUUGACUAAGAACAGCAAAGUGAGAGUCUAUCAACCUUGCAUCUUCAGCACACUCUACUACAGUGGUGAGACCUGGAUAACACAGGAGAAAAAGCUGACUAGUUUCUACUUCUGCUGUCUCAGAUACAUCCUUGGCAAGACAAGUUCAACAGCUCAGCUCUCUGAACAUGUCAAUACCAUCAAUAUGCACACAUUGUUAAAGUAACAAAAUCUGUUUUGGUUCAGCCUCAAUCAUUAAAUUCCAGAUAAGGCUAAAGACCUUCUCAACAGUGAACCAAUUCCUUGGUCAUGACUACAGAGUAUCCUCCUGCAAGGACGAUAUGAGGAUGGUGGACAAUGACACUGACACCUGGGAAGAGUCAUUAACAGCCCAGAGUCUAGAGGCUGACUGUUUGGGAUGGUCAUUGGAAGAGGCAACGACAAACAGAAAGCACAGCCUCCUGAGAGCAAGUCCCAGAGAAAACACAGGCCAGUGAAUCCUGAACCUUCUCAGCACAGUAAAUGCUGCAGAUAUUGCUUUGUUAAGAUGCAUCACCUGAGUCAUAUCAGGCAUUGUUUACCACAGAGUUGAUAUCCACCAGAUGAAAUGCUGUUGAAGAGAAGGAUGAAAGAUAUUUAUUUCAUUUAGUUAAACUGAUCCUGGAUGAUAAUAUUGUAAAGAAAACAGUAUACAAGCUAUAUCGAUAAGUGUGUUAUUAUUACAAUGAUGUUUUUAACUGCAAAUUAUUUACAAAUGUUUGUAAAACAUAGCAAUAUUAUUGCAAACCAAUAGUCAACUUAUCACAGAUGACUGCACUGACUAUCAAUUUAUCCUCUUCCAUUCAUCAUCUUUUCUGUUGGCUUUUUCACUUAACCUGUGGGCAUAAGCCUUGUGAGACAGUCUGUUGUAUGAAACAUAUCAAUGACCUUUUGUGAUCUGAAACAAAUGCAGCUUGGCUUUUAUGUUGGGACCUGCCUUCCUGACAAUGAGACACUGCCAUUGAAACAAGACUGUCAAGAAAAGGCUCAGGAUGAAACCCUAGUAGAGAAUGAGUUACUAGUUUGCCAUCAGGCAAAGCAACAUACUAUACCUGACUGCAUUAUGCCUUAUCAAAUCCUUUGUGCCACAGUUUGGAAUUCAAUAUUUGGUUGUAAUCGCCAUGUCCAAAAAAGCUAUGGAAUGGAAUUGCAUAUGUUUUGUGUGAUUCGUGUGCAGUUUAUGUUUAAUUAUAAUGUUAAUUCCUCAAUUAAACUGAUGAAUGUAAAGAUCUCUAAGAAGUCUAGGACUUUCUUUUUCAGGGAAAGAGGGAGAAUGUGUUUUAUUGCAAGUAUCAAUACAUUUCUCUUUUUGAAAUGCUAAACUAUUUCACAGAGCUUUAGUCCCCACAUAUCAGAGAAGUCUCAAUUUUUGGACUGCAUUUUUCAUGGACAGGUUGUGAACUGCUGACUUACACAGAAUAUGUUGUCAUAAAGCUUGAAUUUCAAGACUUUUCCUCAAAAAUAAGUAAAGUAUUGGUGCAUUACUGCAAAUCAAUAGUCACCUUGUCACACAUAGAUCUUCAUUGAUAGAUCUGCUUGUUUUUUGCAGUAAUCGAAAAAUCUCUGAAUCUAAAACGCUAUUAUGGAUAUCUGUAAACAGAAUAUUUACCUGGAGUCAACCAAAUUAUCACAGAAUUGUACUGUUAUCAUCCGAAAACUUUACUCCAAAUUGGAAUUAUUUUAGGGAUGUUAUUUAUGUCAAACAUUAGGGCUUUCUCACUACAACUCAACAUCAGGUUUAAAAUCACAGGGUUAAAACAUUAGUAAUUGAAAAUAUUUGUUAAGUGAAGCAUGUCCCAUGGACACCUGUAAAAGUAAAUGAAACAGCUACAGCCUAUUAGCAAGGAAUUCCACCCUCCGUUUGGAUUUCUCUUUUCAUGUGAAAUGUUUUGUGUAACAUUAAGGUAUCAUAUCCAAAUAAGCUAUAGCAGGAAUAAUUGAACCUAAUGUUUCUCAACAGGAAACUUACAUUUUUGAUUGUU